UUUAGCAGCUUCCUAUGCCUCCAAACAACUAUAGAUUUUAGCAACAUUAUCCUCUCCUCAAAUGGCUCCUUCUGAAGCCGUGUUGCUGCUAAAGCUACUCAAAUGUGCAAAUCAAAAUCGGAGUUUAAAACUAAAGAAGCAUGCAUUAAGAUUUGUAAAGGCAGUGAAAGUUGCAUUCCAAUAUAAGAUGCGAAAGUAUGAUAAAUUUGUAAAAGUCCUAAGACAUUUCAAUGCUAAAAGAAUUCAUAUAAGUGGCGUUAAAGCAAAAUUGAAGAGGUUGUUUAAAGGGCAUAAAGAUUUAAUUUCCAGAUUCAAUAACUUGAUGCCCAAGAAACAUCCAAUCAACAAUCCAAGGAAUGAAAGAGUCAAGACGCUGCCUGCUGGUUAGUAUUUUUCAUGAAUAUAUCAUAUUGUCAUAUAAACAAACAAUAGAAUAUUUGAUAACAUUGUUUGUUUGUCAUUGUUUUGAUACAAAGGGAAAAGGAAAAACAUGUCUCAACUUCCUUGGGAUUUGCUUGAUGUAAUCUCCCAAAAACUAGAUUUUGACGACCUCCUUCGCUUUGCUUGUGUGUGCACCAAUUGGAGGGAUUUUCAUAAAUCAAAUUUCAUGGCAUCCCAAGAACCCUUACUUGUUGAAUUUUCUCCUACUCAGGGACCCAGUUCCUUUAGUAUCCUAACCAAUCAAAAAGUUUAUCCCUUGGACAAGAUGAUGACUCACUCCAACUCCACUAUGUAUGUUACCUAUUCAAGCGGAUAUUUCAUCACGGUGCAGAGCAAUAACUCAUUCAUGCUCUUCAAUCCUUUUACAAGAAUAGGCAAGGUAAUCUAUGCAUCAACCUUUCAAGUUAAUUACUCAGAUUAUGACAAGCACCGUGCCUUGCUUGCUUUUGAGAAAUGCUCCGAGGAGUUCGCGUUGGUGGUUUUAUGCAAAGAUCAGCCUGGAAGUUUGCAUGUCUAUCGAUCUCGAAAGAAUGCUUGGUUUACUUAUUCCGCUGCCGGAAAGAUACUUGUUGACUUUGUGGUUUUGCAUAAUAUGAUAUAUGUUGUCACUGACAGAGCCAGGAUAGGGGUACUCAAGUUGAAUUCUGGAAAUAUCAAAUUUCUAAAACUCAAGAAUACUUCUAGGGUUAGACUAACGCUUCUAAAACACGAUAAAACCAAUCCAUUCAUUAACUUGGUUAAUUGUGACGAAAACCUUAUAGUGGUUGAUUUAACACCAGGGGCAUGUAAGUUAAUUUAUAAGAUAGACUUGUCAUCCAUGAGUUAUGUCCCAUCGAAAUCUUUGGGUGGUAUUGCAUUAUUCUAUAUUUGGGGUGGAAGUUGUACGGCAUUAAGCAGCCCAAAUAGGUGGGGGUACAAGAGCAACUGUCUGUAUCAAUUCUUUGGAUUCUUUCCCCAUAUUAUUGAGUAUAAUUGGGAUAAAAGCAGCAAGAAUUACAUUCACCUUCCAGGACCUGAAAAAACACUUCUCAACCAUUUGGAUCGGUGUUUUAGACAUCUAAAAUAUCAACUAGAUUAUUCCUUGCUUGACUAAUGGUUUAUAGUUUUGCAAUCAGUUAAUACUAUUUGAAUUUCUAUUUAAAGAUCAUUGUUUACUGAUUAGUAUACAUUGACAAU